GACCAACUAAAGACUGGUGGAUGGAGGUGGAGUACCAAUAGCUUUCCGAUAGUAUUCCCCCCACCAAAACCAAAUUCCAAACCCAGGAAGCCGCCCUCAUAUAUCUACAACAUAAAAGAAGGACUACCCAAUGUCAUGGCUGCAAAUACUUC